UUUAGUCAAUGUAUCCCCUAAUAUGUCAAUAUUUACAUAAGAAACGGUUGUUAUUAUGAUUCGCCACUGUGUUUGAAACCUUCGCUUUGCAUGAGCUCGGCUUGAAUACCGAAGUGUAAACGCUGGAUUUUCCCUGCGUAGUGUAGCGUACUGCGGUCGGGGAAAAACACACACACACACACACACACUCACACUCACACACAAGCAAAUCAUCAUAAGCGAUACGAGCACGAUGGUGAAGGGACAACUACCCCUGAUAAAGUCGGCACAAUGCCGGAUAAGGACGCGGAUCUGCCUGGAAAUCUAGGGACAUUACUAUAAGGCUCUUUCGGAAUAGCCGAGCGGAGCUUUGCAUUUUUUCUCUUUUUUUGCGCCUUUUUCUUUUCAUUAUUUUUUAAAUCGAGUUCGCCCUUGGGUGGAUGAUGGAUGGCCGAGAUUUCGGGCCCCCCAGAUCCGUGCACGUUCCCCCGCCGCUGCUUUCGGGACUUGCCAUGGAGCCGCACCGACUCGGAGCUUCCGCCGCGUCCGGGAGGAUCCCACCGUCUCCCGGCCACCUGGGCGCGGGCCACCCGGCGGCCGCUCUGCACUCGGGAAAAUAUCUCUCUCCGACUAUUAACAUGCAAUCCCACCACAGUGAUGCCUACCCAGGUGCCUCUAGCUUCCUUGGCGGCUACAUGAGCUCCCCGAACGCACAUGCAGGACCGAGCUCUCUUCCCUCCGACCCCUCAUUCAGAGCCCCCAACAACGCACCCAGCCUGCAGAUGGCUCAGCUCUGGGCGUCACACUCACAUGAAGGUUUCCCCCACCCUUCCAGUGGUAUGUACCCUGGCCCCUUCCUUCCCCUGGGUCAUCUUGAGCAUCCACAACUAGGCCAGCAUUCAUUUUUUGACUCACAAAAAGAGGGGUUUUACCUUCCGGGCUCAGUACACUCCCAGUCUGCCAUGGCACGGAGCCUCGUGGCCCAUUUGCCUAGCCCCCUCUCCAGAGAGAAGUCACAAGAGCUCCACAAGAGCUCGAAAGACUCGGGUCGGGAACUGGGAAAAGAAAAACCCUGCAAGAGCGAGCCAGGUCACUCUGUCCAGCGCCGGGAGAGGUUUCGGGAGGAGCUGCGGCCCCACAGCGUGGUCGACCUGACCCAGGAUGCCAAGUCUGAGGAUGAGCGGCAAGUCUUUCAGCAGCAUUCGCCUGCUGCUGAUGUUAAACCGAAAUACCCGCUCCAGUCCUCUUUCAGCAACUGCAGGACUAGCAGCGGCCCAUCAUCCAGAUACGCAGGUUUGGAAUCAGAAAGAAGGGAGCGUGUUGAUGAAAAUGACCCUGCGAUGGUCCCUUCGUCUUUCGACAGGCCAAAACGGCUUGACUCCAUGGCUACAUCUCUAGGCACUUUGCACGUUACCUAUGCCAGUCCCUCCUCUCUCCAGAGUAGUACAGCACCCCUCCCACCCAGGCUGGUGACUUCUGGUGCUUACCCACCCCCUCACCACAUGCACCCAAGCUUGUACUCACUUUGCUCUGCCGCAAAAGAGCCGGCCAAGGAACACAGAGUGACCGCCCCUACUUAUGUGCCUUCUGUCGAGGUUUAUGACGAGCGUAAAGGGCCUAUCCAGAUUGCGUCACAAGCUCGAGACAAUAAAACUGAUAAGAGCAGGGACAGGGACAUGAACAGAGUAUCCCUUCAGGUGGGGAGCGAGAGGACAACUGCACCGUCUGUCAGGAGCGAGUCUCCUUGUCCCAGCGAGCUCAAGAGAGACUUUGUACGGGAAGAGGGAUCUGUGAUCAGGGCCAACAAUUUGGCUGUAAAAAGGCCACCUGUUUUAGAUUUGGGCACAAUCAAACCCAGCCACAGCCCGACCACCAAGCACACAGUUAAAAUGGGACUAGAGACAGAAAGCCGCAUCCAUGAGCGUGAAAUCAUUCAAAGGUCUGGACCCACGUUUUCUAGUCUGGAAUCUUCUUCACUCCACUCUGCCGAGACCAAAUGGAAGCCUUUCGAGAUGGGAAACUAUGCCGCUAGCCACAUGGCUGCUUUGGCAGCUCAACACACUCAUGGUCCCAGAGGAGAGGAGGAGGGCAAGCGCAUGUACCUGGAUCGCAGAGGCAGCCCAGGGAGCCUCGAGGGCAAGGAGCACAGCGAGGUAUCUGCUAUGCAGAGCCUUAUCAAGUACAGUGGGAAUUUCUCUGGUGAGGUCGUGUCUAAGCACGGUGCGGAUAGUCGCACCCCGUUUGGGGGACUGGGCAACUUGAAGCUGGAGGCUCAGCACAUGUCUGGAAAGCAGCUGAAGAGGGAGCCAGAGAGACCAGAAAGUACCAAAUCUUUCAACCGGGACGGAAACACCUCUCAGGGGGAGGCUGAGGUUCGGCACCCCCCAGUGGGCAUCGCAGUAGCAGUGGCCCGACAGCGAGAUAACAGCAGCAAGCUCAGCUCUGUGUCAGACCGAGAUAGACCAAUUCGGGCAGGAGGCAUAAAAGGCCCAGGCCAAGAUGAAGAACAACAAAUACAAGAGCGGACACGUCAUCACGAUGGCCGGCUCCUGCCUGGACGUUUGGAACACGAGCAUGAGAAGGCGAUGAGAGAGAACAAGAACUUGGCGGAUUACCCUCAGCUACAUGCUCCCUUGGUGUCCGUGAGUGGCCUGAACCCAAACCUGAUGGUGACUGGAGGUUCUACCCUGACAGGGACAGGCCGCUGGCCUGCUGACCCUACUUCCCAUCUGACUUCUCACCCCUGGUUGCCUCGCCCUGGGCCCUCGUCUAUGUGGCUGCCUAGCUCUCCAUAUGCACUCGGAACACCCUCUCUUCACCAGCCCCUGCCUCCAGGUUACCCACCCACCUUACCUGGGUCAAUCCCUCAAGCGUACCAGUUUGCUCGGGACCCACAGACUGGACAACUGGUUGUCAUUCCAACAGAACACCUUCCACACUACACGGCAGAGAUGUUGGAGCGUGGCACCCCACUGUGGCCUGCCGUGUACCCGCCAGCAGGCAGCUCUCUGCAGCAUGCCCACCAGCUGCAGCUCCUCUCGCACCAGCAGCUCGUUCGCCAACAGGAGCUCUACAUGAUUCAGCAGCAGGCUGCCCAGGUCAUGGAGCUACAGAGGAAUGCACAGUUUGUGGAGAGACUAAAAGAACAGCGGGCUGACAUGGAGGACAAAGCAGAGAAGAGGGGUGGAGAGUGUGCUAAAGCCAGCAUCUCAAGUGUACCUGCAUCUGUCCUGCACUCACGCAAGCCCCCUCCACCUUCCCCAACUCCAUCCACGUCCCACAAAAAGACACCCCAAGCAGUCACACCACUGCCGUCUCCAGUAACUUCACUUAAGUCUGAAGACAGGCCCAAAGUGGAGAGCACACUUCCUCAGCAGUCUUACUCGCACUCAUCUACCCCAGCCCCACAGCCGCUCAGUCCUGCCUCCGCUUUGUCACCUCCCCCUUCCCCUAUCAACCCUAAACAGGAGUCUGUGGACGUGCCUGACAAAGAGGAACUUGACCUCCAUAAACAAAUGUCUGCUUCUUUCCCGUCUAUAUAUCCUGAAAUUCCUCCAGGCUAUCCCUACCAAUCAAUAACAGCGUCAUUCGGCAGUCAUUAUCCCUACCUUCUUCAGCCAGCCACAGCUGCUGAUGCAGAAGGCCUGGCUCCAGCUGUGCCUCUGCAGGCUGAGGGCUCAAAGCGCUCAGCCGGCCCGGCCAGCGUAAAACCCAGCCACAUGUGUUCCCCGGUGCUGGCAGAAGUUCUACAGGCAUCCAGAGAGCCCAAGGGAGUAGAGGAGAGUGUCGUGCCAUUCAAAGAGGAGACAGACCUUGAGAACAGCAAGGAAGUUCUGGGCCAGGAUGGUAUCACACAUUCUAUCCACUCUGCUGCUCCGAUUUCAAGUCAGGACUCAUGUACUCUUGUUGAAGCAGAUGCCUGCUCUGGAGCUGCAGCCUCACCACUGCCUAUGGAAAACAAAGAAGAACAAGGUGACAUGCCAGAUCUAUUCUCCUCUCCUCAACAAGAAUUGUACCAAAGAGCAAGAUCAGACUUGGAUAGAAUCCCUGCAGCAGACAUUUCAAACUUGACAGAAGUGGUCUACAACUCCUCAAAUUACACUGACAUGCAACCCAUAGACUGCAGCAUUCAUUCCUCGGACUCACCCUCAGUUCACACAGAGAGGCUCAUUCCUGAACUCAAAUCCAAAGAACCCUUCCUUGAUGCUCCAGACCUGGAAUCGACGCAAGUUGACAUACCGCAUCACUGCUCCUCUCCUCCUGUGCUUCUGCCUGCCCCUAUGGCAGUACCUAUCCAGUCUGAGGACCCCAUGGCAGGCAUGCUGGCACUCCUCACGGCCAGUGAGUUGCCCCAGUCCGGUGCCCUUACCACCAUGGCUGAGCUGCCCCCUGCCGGGAUGGUGCAAUGCCAAGGAAUCAGUCUUUUGGAGUCUACUGCGGUCGAGGGCAUGGCCCUGCUUAGCCAAAUGGCCGAGCUAGAGAUGCAGAGGCACCAGAGAGACUCCAUGCAGGGCAUAAUGCACUGUGGAUUAGAGAGUCUCCUCGAGGCUGGGAGGCAAGUCCUCCUGGAGGCCAUCAAAUGCCAGCCUCAAGCCAGCGUCCGCCUCCCCAGAGAGCUCAACCCCAACAAGAAAUACAGCUGGAGACAGAAGAAAGACGAACCUAUGUUCUCCAAGUCCUCUUUGGAGCGUAUGGAUGCAAUGGAGGUGGACUAUCGUGUGAGACUGGCUGACCUACAGCGCUGCUAUAAAGACAAGCAGAGAGAGCUGAUCAGGCUACAAAAACGGAGAGACAAAGUAGAGAAGCAACAGUUUCAGCAACAACAGCUCCAGCAGCAGCAAGAGGAAAGGAGCAGGAACCUGUCCAGGAGAGGCCCUGGUCGGCCCCGGAAGCGCAAAAACGGUCUGUGUCCUCUGUCUCCGCCUUCAGGCAAGCUGGAUGCCAAGUGUGGAAAGCUGGCCCAGAGCUCACAGUAUUCAGAGGACUCAGAGAGUGGGGAACUGCUGAGGAAACGCUUUCGCAGCUCCCCUCGGGAGGAGGAAGAAGACGAGGACACGGACGCUGGUAUCUUAAAAGCAAAGAAGAGACGCAAGAGCUGGAACGAGCAAGAAGCAUCCUCCAGUUACUCUCACGAGGUUCCUAAAACAGGCAGUAAGAAGAGCCAAAUAAGCGAGCAAGAGCAGUUGGCUUCAAAGCUGGACAAAGCCUUGUCUCUCACUAAGCUCGGUAAAUCAAACAAGGCCUCGUGUAAGUUUGUGGACGGUUCUUCUGCAAAGUCCAGAACUCCCUCCGGGAGCAGGCUGUCUAUACUCCCAGACAUAAGUGCGAAAAACAAGAUGGCAAAAUCCAAGAUGUCCAAAGAUCUGGGUUUCUUUCACAAAUCCUCCAAAGGAGGUAAAAACAAAAUAUCCUACAAAUUAAAGCCUUCCGACUCCUGCCUUAAGGGAAAAACCCAGAGGAAAGCUUCCAACUCUCCAGUGAGGUCAGAGAUCAGCAGCUACUCUAACAACACUGAUUCAGAAGAGGACUCCAUGAAGGAUGGCUGGCCACCUCAUGCCAUGUUGGGGAGAUCAGGACCCUGUACACAGAUCCCAGGCCAAUACAGCACUCCGUCUAAGAAGAAGCGUCCAUCAUCCAAGAGAACGUCUGCAUCAUCCUCCUCCUCCUCCUCAUGCCUCAAGUCGAAACCGGGGGUGAAGGAAAGAAAACAGAAGCACUUUGCUUUAUUACUACAAGAGGCAGGAGUCAGCUCCUCUGAGGACUCAUUUGACCAAGAGUACUUUACUGAACGGGAUGAUUAUGAGAAUGAGGACGAUGAAGAGGACUAUGACCAUGAACUGGAUGAGAUUAAUGGCCUGUGCUCUUCCUCGCUAGAGGAAAGUGGGCUGGGUCUGCUUGCUCGCUUUGCUGCUAGCGCCAUCCCUAGCCCUGUUACCUCAGGCCCCAUGUCCCUCGUUCAGCUGGAGGCCAAGCAGAAAGCCAAGAAAAAAGAGGAGAGGCAGAAUCUUCUAGGUACAGAGUUUGAAUUCACCGACUCUGAGAGCGACAUAAAGAUCAGGAAGUUCCCAUCUCUGUUGCAUGGUAAGAGAUCUGCACCCGAGCUCCCUCUGCUGCCCCCGGCCAGCGUUCUGAUUGAGGACUCCAGCCCUGGAAAACGCGGCCGUAAACCCAAAGCCUCAACUGAAAUCAACUUGAGCUUCUCGGCUGAAGGCAGUGAUGAAGAACGCUGGAUCCGCCGCAGAAGUGAGCGUAUUUUUCUCCAUGAUGCCGCCCAGGCAAAACCCAUCUCUCCAUCUAAACCUGCUGUGCCCAAAUCGACCCGUGUCCCCAAAACACCUCUGCCUGGCUCCAAGGACAUCCCAAAAACCAAGGAGGUGAAAGCACUUGGAAAGAAGAAGAGGUUGAAAGAGCUUCCCCUGCGUCUGCCGCCGCUCCCCAGCACUCCCUCAGAGAACAGCGUAUCGCUUUCUGUCGGCGCUGGGCGCAAGAGCAAAAUGAAGCCCAAAGCCAGAGAGGCCCGAGGAAAAGGUGGUGCUGUCAGUAAACUGAUGGAGAGCAUGGCUGCCGAUGAAGACUUCGAACCUAAUCAGGACAGCAGCUUCUCAGAGGACGAGAACCCACGUAUGAGCACUGAAAGACCCUGUACCCCUGCUCCUCGUAACUGUGUGCUCAAUAAGGAUGAGCUUCAGGAUGGAUUGCGUGUCCUUAUCCCUAUGGAUGACAAGCUGCUGUACGCCGGCCACGUGAACACUGUCCACUCACCUGACAUAUACAGCGUGGUGGUUGAGGGUGAACGGGGUAACAGGCCUCAUAUCUAUUGCCUGGAGCAGCUGCUGCAGGAGGCGAUUAUCGACGUUAAGCCCCCCUCUGUGAGAUACCUGCCUCAGGGAACACGAAUCGCAGCCUACUGGAGCCAACAGUACCGCUGCCUCUACCCAGGCACCGUGGUCAGAGGGAGUCCUGAUAUGGACGAUGUGGACGAUUUGAUAACCGUAGAGUUUGACGAUGGAGACACCGGCCGUAUUCCACUCUCUCACAUUAGACUGCUGCCUCCUGACUAUAAGAUACAGUGUGCGGAGCCGUCCCCUGCUCUCUUGGUGGCUAGUACUAAAAAGCGAGCACGGAAGGGAAGUAAGGAUGUUUCUGAGAGCAAAGACUCAAGCCCCAAAACCACAGAUGAUUCUGCUCCAAAGAAUAAGGGUAGAGGAAGGAAACCAAAACCCAAACCUGAGCCUGAACUAGCUCAAAAGGAACAAGAAAAACCUGACCAAUCAGCCAUUGGACCAGUGCAGGAGAGACCCCUUACCACCCAGAAAAGUGGCCCACUGCUAGGCAGGAAGAGUCAGCCUGCCAACACAACCAACUCCUCUAUUCCCAUACCUGCUGAAGGCCAGAAGAAAGCUGCUGUAGCCAAACCCCCAGCCAAAGUACACUCUCAGCCCAAGACUGUCUACUCAUCUGCGCUUUAUGGAAAAGUUCUCUCUGUCGAUCUCUCUAAUGACCCUUCUUCUUCGUUAGCUUCCUUUAUGUCCAACAAUGAGAGUGGGAAGGCUGUCAAAAGAGUCCGAAAGAGCGAAGACGAAGGAGCGGCAUUUGGGGUGAAAACCCAACGCAAACAGCCUCAGACAGAGAUCCUGAUCAAGUUGGACCAUGAGGGUGUGAUGUCCCCCAAGACCAAGAAGACCAAAGCCCUGAUGAUGAUGGAGGGUCAGAACUGCACAAAGAGAGACAAUAAAACAGCCGUAAUGGGCGUUAACUACACUGCUGUCACCUCCACUACCCCGACGGACAAAACACUGAAGCCCAAGACCGAGCCUGAGACGAUUAACACGGACAGCGUGGUGACCUACGGUAUCCGUAAGCUGGGGAGCAGCACAGACAGCCGUCCAAGUGUGAAGAGCUCAGGAGAGAAGGAAGCUCAAUCAGAAAACUGUAGCAGCAGCAGUAGCAGCAGCUCGGAGUCUGAUGAAGAAGAGGAAAGGAGAACGUCCCAGGAGACAAAGACAAAACAGGACAGCAGCUCCACCAGCUCCCGUGCCUCUAGCCCCACCUCUUCCAGCUCUUCCAGCAGUAGCUCCUCUUCUACGGCUGGAUUUAAUUCGUCGUCGUCAUCAUCCUCCUCGUCCUCCACCACCAGUGACGAGGAGUCUUCAUGUACCUCGGACGAGGAGGCUCCUGUGCCGCCCCAGCCUCUGUCUCCUCAAGAGCAACCUCCAACAGACAAUGAUGAUGAGGAUGUUGAAGAGAAACCAGAGGUGAAGACGGAGUCCCCGCCCACCACACCCAAGGUCCAGAAUGAGCAAGCUCCUCCCAAACAGCAAGCAAAGCAACUGAAGCAGCAGAAAGUGAAGAAGAGCGUUGGACGACCUAAGAGGAGAGAGGGCAUCCACCUGCCCACUACGAAGGAGCUGGCUAAGAGGCAGAGACUGCCUUCUGUGGAGAACAGACCCAAGAUUUCUGCGUUCCUUCCAGCCAGACAGCUGUGGAAAUGGUUUGGGAAACCUACUCAGAGACGGGGAAUGAAAGGCAAAGCAAAGAAACUCUUCUAUAAGGCUAUUAUGCGAGGCAAAGAAAUGAUUCGUAUUGGAGACUGUGCCGUUUUUUUGUCUGCUGGACGGCCUAAUCUUCCGUUUAUUGGUCACAUCCAGAGCAUGUGGGAGUCUUGGGGAAACAACAUGGUGGUUCGUGUUAAAUGGUUCUACCAUCCUGAGGAAACCAACCCUGGAAAGAAACUUCAUGACAAAAAGAACUGGGAUCAGAUGUCUGGAAGGAAUCUUGCCGCUGUUCUGCAGGAAUCCAACCAGAGGAAGGAUUUCAUGGAGCGGGCUCUGUACCAGUCUUCUCACGUUGAUGAGAACGAUGUUCAGACCAUCUCUCACAAAUGCUUGGUGGUUAGCCUGGAGCAGUAUGAACAGAUGAUUAAAACUAAAAAGUACCAGGACAGUGAGGACCUCUACUACCUAGCUGGCACUUAUGAACCCACAACUGGUAUGAUUUUCAACACUGACGGUGUUCCUGUCAUCUGCUGAGGAGUGUUUUUUUCAGCCCGCUACACCGCAGGAAUGAGCUCAGAUCUUUGUAGAAGAUGACCGAGCGCUAGAUCAACGUUGGAGACUUUCCCGGUGGACCGAAAUCACGGUAACGUUCCUGAACGAGACCAUCCUUCGGAUUCGAGAUAUGAGGACCGAGACUGAUCAUGGUAUUCCAGAUGACAGCAGUAUGCAGUCUGUUAAAGUAUGUGGAGAAGGCAUAUGUGGAGUUGUGUUGUCUAACCUGUUAACGCAGGGAAAAAGUUAAGCUCUGAUAUAAUGACAUGGAGAACAAAUCAAGCAAAAAGUGUGCAUGUCUUCAAGGUCAAACAUGUCUGCAUAGCUGAGCUCUUCUUUCUCUAGCAUGUCUGCAUCAGAAUGGGAACUGAUGCAACACAAACUGCUGGAGUUGACCUGAAUUUGCUGGCGGUGGAGGGCUGCUACCUACCAGCUUUAUGGGCCCGGCUUGUUUGGACGUAAUUUAAGCUGACAGGACAUGUCACACUUACUACUCCUAUCCAUCUAGAGAAGCAAUGCGUACCAGCACUCUGCUGUCCAGCAACCUCCUGGUAAAACUGGGCUGGAACCGAACACGCCGACAGCCAGCUAAUGAACCUGGACAGCCGAUUCAAACCUGGACUCUUAAAGCUGCAGACGUUCUGACACUGGCACUCUUCCUGCGCUAUAGAGUGUUUGCUCGCAGGAAAGUGAGUCACCUUUCCAGCCCAAAAGAUCUAUUGGGAUAUUUAUUCAGGCCUGUCUUCUAGCCAGCGAGGCAGAAAGGGCUCUCUGUACGAGUCACACGCUGUCAUGGUCUAAGCCGUUGUACAGAUAACUACAAUUGUACAUACACUAUACAUGAUAUACCCACAUUUUAUUUUCGUGUACAAUAGAUUUAUGUGAAAGUAAUUUUUUUAAAGUGAGAGCUUUAUUAUACUGUGAAUCAAAGAUUACGAAAAUUAAGCGGAAAAUCAGGAACUCGAUUAUGAUGAUCUCAGAAAUUGUUACUGAACUCUGAAUCUUAGACACCCACUACAUUGACGAUGCAAUGUAAUUUUAAACGAAAUAUCAAGGAUGCUAUUACAGGACCUGGUGGUUUUCAGACCAGUUGUCCAAUUUUUGCAUUUUGAAACAGAAAGCACUUAAUUCUACUCUUCCCGUUACUUGUUAGAUGAAUGUUCUUUGACAAUCCCCAGUGCAGGUGACGUUGAUACAUUUCACACAGACAAUAUAUUGCAUCUUUCUCGGCCACCAGCUGUCCGGGGCGGUGACCACCUGGUCAACCUGCCACUAUUUCAGGCCCUCAGCAAACUUGUGUGUGUGUGUGUGUGUGUUGUUUUGCUUUCUUUUUAAAGCAUUCCUCUUAUCCCUUAUCUCCUCCUUCCAAAAGCAAUUACAUCUCAUGCAUAAAAGCACUUUGUUAGAAUGUAUUAGUAGCAGAGCAGCACAGCAAAGCGACAUUAGAGAGUCUUCAGAGAGAGUGAGAGAGACUGGAGAAGCUCGUCUGAUGAAAGCUACUGUAUAUCAGCUUUUCUGUAUUUUCCCUGUCUCUGUUUCUCUCUCUCGUUCUUGCACACGGUUGUUGUUUGUCUAUGCUUCGAACACUUUCAGGGGAAAGUACGACAAGUCUUGUUUUUGCCCCAAAUAUUUCACCAUUGCAGCUUGUCGAGUGUGUAAACAGUCACUCUGAUUGGUUUGAUGAGAAAUGCACAUCUCUCUCUCUCUCUCUCUCUCUCUCUCUCUCUCUCUCUCAACUAUUUUUUUUAUCUUUUACUUCUACUGUUACUUAUGCAUGCAAGCACAACCCCCAACCCAUAUAGCCACAUCCUGUGUACAAAAAUGUAUGAUGUAUUAAUGAAAACGGUACUAAAAAACAUUUCCAUAAAUUAAUCACCAUUUUUGCACUAUUACUUAUUAUAUAUAGCAAUAUAUAUACAAAUGCAGUGGCUUUACUAGUAGAUCUCAUAACACUGUUGUGAACACUGUAGGAUUCCUGGUUUAUCUAACAGCAAACCUGCCUGAACCAUUUCUCAUCUAAACACACGACAUGACUGUUUACUUCUCAUCGAGGGAAUUAUACAGUCAUUUAGAAAAUCAGAAUUCCCCUUUAAGCCCAGUCCCUCAGAGGCUGGGUAUUUCUUUUUGGCCUAAUUACAGGGAUUGAAUGUUGCUCUUUGUAGAUAGGUCUUGCUGAUCUUGUAUUCCAAAGACAGAGUCAGACGUCACCAGAGACUCUCAUGUAUGUCAAUACAGGACCAGGCUGUUUAUUCUCUGCUCCCUUAAUCAAGACCAAUCAAUGUAUUUGAUUCUGUCUAUGAACACUCAAUUUAAAAAAAAAAAAAAAAAAAAAAAAAAGAUAUUUUUGUUUAUUUGUGCCUUCUGUAUUGGUCUAACGAUUGAAUGUAAGUCUCAAUGUCUAAAUAUUGGACAUGUUUUUAUGUCCAGAAUGAUGCAUGUAUUUUGGAAAGUGUUCCUCGUGAGAAUGUCUGGCCUUUUCCGAUUAUAAUGACGCCGCCAAUAUAUUAGUUUGCCAAUAUCGGCGCCCGAAGGUUGUGAUUAUGGGGUACAUUUGGUCUGUACGAGCUGAAGUGGAUUCUUUGAGAGUUUUUAUAUUUGCUUCCUAAACGCUCAGAUCUCUUCUUCGCCAUUUGUCUUCUACCUCUUCUGUUUUUUCCAGCUGAUUUUUUUGUCCUGCUUUUUUCUAACACUUUUCACCAUAGAUUUUUUUAAUUCCCUUUGGUUAGGCCGUUCUCGACUUGCUUCCCAGAGUCUCGGCUCUGCUAAGAGGGUGUGGUCAAUUACCAUAUCAAUUCAAGCUGCCACCUAUGCAGCUGAAUGAGCUUUGAGGAUAGUGAUAAGCCACCCAGUUCUGUACACAUCACUAUCCUCUAUAGGAGAAAAGAAUCGGGACAGCCUUUCUCAUGGCCGCUUGUAUUUUACUGCCACUAAUGACCAGAACAUGCAAAAUCAAGUUCAGCCUUUCUUCCAUCAGCUUCCAUUUUGCUUUUAGGGGAAGAGCGAGAAAAAGAGAUAAAGAAGGAACCAGACACUAGAAACAUCUGGGAUUUCUGAAACCCAGCACAAUUAAGGCCUACUCAGUAUUUCUGAAGUGAUUUCUGUUGUAAAAAAUAUGUUGACACUAUUGCAUAUUGUAGAGAGAAUCUAUAUUGUCUGAAAUCAUCAUUUUUUCCCCCUCGUUUCAUAUAUAACAUUGGCCAAUCUCUCUUAAAGAGAUGAUAUCUUGUUGAUAUUCAAUAGGUUAUUUCUUAACAUCUAAAUCAUCCUUUGUGGUCUUUGAGGUAAAUUGUAUAUUCUAUCUUUGUAUCAGGUUCUGACUUUUUAAGAGUUUUUUCUGAUUCUUCCUGUUUGAUGAUUUGUAACACCCAAAGCUGACUAAACUGGUGCCAAAUAAUCUUUAAGUCACCUGAAAUCUGAAUGAAACGACACUGAGCAUGCAAUCGUGGUCCAAAACUCAGUCAAAUAUCCAUUUAAUAUUAUUAUUAUUAUUAUUUUUAAUAAUGUAAGAUAUUUGUCUUUUAGGAAGUUGUACAAUUUAAGUGCCCCUCGAAAUAAACGUUUACUUGGAGCUUGAGUCAAGCUGUAAAGCACUUUUUAGAAUAUUUUUUGUCUGCAUGUUGUAGAAACAGAGUUUAUGCAUCUAGGAAUAUUAGAGCAGAGCAAUCACCUCCCUGUUUCGCUUGCUGUGAGUGUAACACAGUGUGAGAUGUCCUUCCCUUUAGCCCACGCUCGGGUCGUUUAAAGAGACAGUGGCCUCUGCUGGUAGACGUUAUGUAAAGUGAGCUAGUCGCUAAGUGUCUUCUGCUCUGUGUUCAGGGACGUGUGUUUGUGUGUGUAUACACACACACAUAUAUAUAAUGUACACACGCACACACACACACGACGUCUCUUUUAUAAUAAAUGAACUGGCUUAUUAGGGAAAAAGCUCUACAUCUCUACAGGUCUUGCUGUUUUGCAUGAUUCUGUCAGCCUUUUCGCAUUUUGUCUCUAAUCUUGUCAGGGUUGUUUUUUUGUUUUUUUUACUAUUCACUUCCCCCCCCCUCUCAGAACAAUCGUCCUCCAUGCUUUUAAUGUGCAAUACUGCUGAAUGUGGUUUCUUUGAGGUAGCUGCUAGGGGAGGGAUACAGAUUGUUAGAGAGAGUAAGCAUGCGGACUGGAGGCUGGUCCUUCACUGGUCUGGGUCUGCUGGUCCGUCAGCGUUGGUAAAGUCCUGUUACACACGGAAAUAAAAAAGCUAUAGUUUUAAAACGAUGGAUUUUUUUUUUUUUUUUUUUUUUUUUUAAAAGCAUCAAAGUUUUGUAAAUUGUCCUUAUGAGAGGGGGACAUAUUUGUACACACAUUUAAUCCUGUAAAAAUAUAUAAAAGCAUACACUUUUUUUGAAAAUUUACCAUCCAGUCACUUAAAGAUUACUGUUGACUUGUGUGUAAACUUCACAGAUUUUUUUUUUUUUUCUUUUUUUUUAACAAAAAAAUAAAAAACUUUAAUCAGUGUUCUUUCCAGUUCUUUUAGAAUUCAGAAUUUUGUAGUCCAUCAAUAAACAU